AGCCCAUGUCCUUUAUCCCUGUUUCCAUGACAACCGUUGGGCUUAUUCCAUGUCGGCACAACACAGAACUGAGCUGAAUCGCUCUACGUAACUCUUUCCAUCCUCCCUCCAUACCUAUUAAUUUUACUCCAGCCCUUUCGCUAAAUCCCUGCCUCUUCUCAUCCCCUUCUUUUCAUUUUUCUGGUUCGAUGUCCCCUUCGGUCUUUCCCCUUAUGACAACGGAUUAACCCUGCAAACUUGGAGUGCUCUUCAGCAGCAAAGCAUCGUAACCGUGAUCCAUAUUUAUAAUCCGUGUUAUCUCUCCUCUCCUAAUUUGCUGCACCCCUCAGGGUUUGACAUUACCCCAUCGCCAGCUGCUGAAUUCUUGCUAAUUAUGUCCAGCUGUGACGUUGAAUCCUUGGAGCCACUGCUCGGUGCCCUGGAACUUGAAUGCAAGAUUUGUUACAAUGGAUUUGAUACAAGGCAACACCGCCCUAAAAUGCUGGGCUGUGACCAUCGCAUGUGUGCACGCUGCCUCAAAAAGAUGGCUUACACCUGGGGAUCGGGUCCACCAACCACCCUCAGCUGCCCGUUUUGCCGACAGGAAACCGCACUACCUGAAGAUCUACAGCUCCUUCCAGACGAUAGCUGUCUGCUUUCCAAACUUAGCUGCCACGAAUGGACCAGAAGGCGUGGCUGCUCUGUGGCCCCUGAAGUGCUCCUAAGCCCUGGGGAUCUAUGUGGAGGUCCUAGUUCCUCCGAGUGCCUGGUUAUCACUAUCAUGGAGGUAGCUGAAGAACCCCCAGGUCCUGGCGAGGACAUGCCAGUGCUGGACAUUCUUAGUGUGAAGAUCUCAUCCAGUUUGGCAUGGCUACCUAGUUCUUGUGUCCCUCACCAUUGUUGCCCAUGCAGACCUGUGCCACGUGUCCUAUUAGGCUUCCUGUGCCUCGUGUAUUUUAGUUCACUGCCUCUUGGUGUCUAUCUCCUUAUGAUACAGCAGCUGCCCCUUGGCAUUGUUCUGGUCAGCUUAGUGCCAUGCACCCUUGUACUGUGUCUAUUGUGCCAAUGUUUGUGCCACGAGCUAGCCGCAAGUCUAUCUGACUAACCCUGGUCUUGCAUUCUACCGAACUUCACCACAAGCGCCCACAAAUAAGCAAUGCCUGUGCAUUUUGUCUGUGCUGUGUUCAAUCCUGGUUUCAAACCUGUUUCAUGUAUGUUCCGAACUGUAGUACCAAAACUACACAUUGAUAUUGUGUAUUCGAAGGGUGACGUUUAUAUUGAGAUAUAAUUAGAUUUCUCACGCAGUUCAGAAUUUUUUUAAAGAUUUAUUAACUCAUUCUGUUCUAGUUCGUUGUCUGUAUGUCAAAUUUACAUAUUUUUUUGUUAUAGCACCAGUCAAAAAAUAGUUAUAUAUUUAUACGAGAGAGAGAGAGAACGUUUAGUUUUGUUGAGUAAGAGAACAUGCUCCAGUGAUUAACAUAGGAGCUGAAAGAUAGAGUUGCUCACUGCAAGGCUGUCAAGAAGCAUUUAAAUAGGCCAGACGUGCUGAUUAAAGGAUACCUCAGACUGCCAAUGUGUCACAAUCCGUCCUAUCAUUGUGAUGCUAAAUCCCUUAAAUAUGCAAUAUUUUGGACACUGUUUGCCAAUCUCUAGGACAGUGCAAAAAUCUUUAUGUGACCUUUAUCUGUGGCAAAAGAAAUAGAAGCCAAACCGACUGAA